CAUUUUAUUUUUUAAAUCAUCCUCCCUUUAAACGUGUUUUUAUAAUAUUGUGCACGAGCCGUUAACGUGUAUGUUUUUAGCGCUUAUCUCGUGCACGAUACAAGUUUCUUAUUAAUAAUCAUAAUCGACAGACGUCACAGAGGAUGUUGCAUGAAGUUGCACAACACAAAAGCAAUAUGGAGGAGACAGCAGCUCGCUGUGAACCUACGGGUCGCUCCGAGGCUUCAGUCGUGCUGUUUGCUUCUGUCUGCUCGCGAACGUUAGCUUUAAUACAUUAAAUGUCAUCUACACCAUCGCGGUGUCUAUUUAAAGUGAAGGUCCACGUGUUGUAAGUGGUGUGUUUGACCGUCAGCUCUGUGUGCUUUUAUCACACCUAACGUCACGUGGCCAGGUGUUGCACAUCUGGAGUCUGUUGACGCUGACACUUGUAGGCUCAGCUAUGCUGCUGUAUUGUUAUUAUUAAUAAUAAUAAAUGCAUAUAUUGAUAUGAUCCUAAAGGGGACAAGUAAACACAGCUGGUUCAGGGACAUAUUUUAUUAAACCCCCAAAGAGACAGUGGUGGAAUGUAACGAAGUACUGAUGUAACGUGUACUUUAGCAUUUUGUCUUUUAUUUUCAUGCUGCCUUUAUUAAUUAUUUACUCCAUUACAUCUCAAAGGAUUAAGUUGUUUGCACACAAAAAACAAUGUGAUGGGCUCUGGAUCAUUUUGAUUCAAUGUUUUUAUACUUUUACUUUUGGUAUUUAAUGUAUAUUUUCCUGAUUAUACUUGCAUGCUUUAACUUCAGUUACAUUUUCAAUGCUGGACUUCUACUUGUAACUGAGCAUUUUUAGUUUUUACCAUGUUGUGUUAGUACUUUUACUCAAGUAAAGAAUCAGAAUACUUCGUCCACCACUGUUUGGAGAUCCAAUGAGUUUACACCAUGUAAGGUAUUUGUACAUGGGUAACCUUUAAAGUAGAGGUACUGGGUUUUUGGUGGUAGUCUCCUCUUGCCUCACACUGUCAGCCUUGUAUCUUCUCUAUAAAUCCCAUAUUCUCCAUUGUUGUUUUCUCCUCUCUACCGUCAUGAUUCCCGCCUUUCUCCCAUCAUGCAACGCUCUUGACGUUGACCAGGAACCUGCAGGUUCCCAGGUCGAGCUGAUGAGUAUGAGCCUGAACACAGAGCCCCUUAACGAUGUUCCCGCUGUUACAGAAGAGCCUGAGAGCAAAAUGACUGCGGUCGAGAAGAAGGACAAGAAGCCAGAGGAAGUGGCGGAGGAAGAGGAGGAGGAGGAAGAAUACGUGGUGGAAAGGGUGCUGAAUCGGCGGGUGGUGAAGGGGAGAGUAGAGUAUCUCCUCAAGUGGAGAGGCUUCUCUGGAGAAGACAACACGUGGGAGCCAGACGACAACCUGGACUGUCCGGAUCUGAUCGCAGAGUUCCUGCAGUCCCAGAAGUCUGCUCACGACGGGAAGAGGAAGGCGGCCGGAGACGCAGAAGGAGACGAGAGUAAAACGAAGAAGAAAAAAGACGACACAGAGAAGCUCCGGGGCUUUGCUCGAGGACUCGAUCCAGAGAGGAUCAUCGGCGCCACAGAUUCCACCGGAGAACUCAUGUUCCUCAUGAAAUGGUUCGUAUGCAACGUAACAGCUGGAUGUGUCAUCGAAUAUUUUGUCUGUAAAUGUUUUUUGGGUGUUUGUGUUCUCAGGAAAAACUCAGAUGAAGCUGACCUGGUGCCGGCGAAGGAGGCCAACGGGAAGUGUCCUCAGGUGGUCAUCUCGUUCUAUGAGGAGAGACUCACCUGGCACUCGUAUCCCACGGAAGACGAGAAAAACUAACACAAGAGGGCAAAGAAAGAAGCUAGUUUUGAACUUCAUUGUACUUUUCCAGAGGGGGGGG